AGAUGUUUGAGGACGGAGGUGGCACACAGGUGAUUAGUGAAAGUUCAAGUGGAGUCAAAAGUGACACAAACACGGCUGACAAGAUGCCACCUGUGGGAAAAGACGGAGAGACUGCUGCACACAGAGGACUUCUGGAGCGUUUGGCAUCUGGGGAGAUCAUUAUUGGAGAUGGGGGAUUUGUUAUUGCUCUUGAGAAGAGAGGAUUUGUCAAAGCUGGUCCUUGGACUCCAGAAGCAACAGUUGAACAUCCAGAAGCUGUGAAACAGCUGCACCGUGAGUUCCUCAGAGCUGGCUCCACAGUCUUGCAGACAUUCACUUUUUAUGCAAGUGAUGACAAGUUGAUGAACCGGGGGAAUUAUGUGGAGCAAAAAUUUACAGGUGUUAAGGUGAAUGAAGCUGCAUGUGACAUUGCAAGGGAGGUAGCUAAUGAAGGAGAUGCCCUAGUUGCUGGUGGUGUCAGCCAAACUCCAUCCUACCUCAGCAACAAAAGUGAGACUGAUGUGAAGGCAAUCUUCAGAAAGCAACUGGAUGUUUUUGUCAAGAAGAAUGUAGACUUUCUUAUUGCUGAGUAUUUUGAACAUGUGGAGGAAGCAGAAUGGGCAGUUCAUGUUAUGAAGGAAUCUGGCAAACCAGUUGCUGCCACCAUGUGCAUAGGUCCAGAGGGUGAUCUGAGUGGAGUAUCAGCUGGGGACUGUGCUGUCAGGCUUGUAAAGGCAGGUGCUGACCUUGUUGGAGUGAACUGCCAUUUUGAUCCAACCACUUGCCUUAAAACUAUGAAGCUUAUGAAGGAAGGAUUAGAAGCUGCAAAACUAAAAGCUCAUUUAAUGGUGCAGCCUAUUGCCUUUCAUACACCUGACUGCAGCAAGCAGGGAUUAAUUGAUCUACCAGAGUUCCCAUUUGCUCUGGAGCCACGAACUCUCACCAGAUGGGACAUGCAUAAGUAUGCAAGGAGUGCAUAUAAUCUGGGAAUCAGAUACAUCGGUGGCUGCUGUGGCUUUGAGCCUUAUCACAUUAGGGCCAUAGCAGAAGAAUUGGCAGCUGAGAGGGGCUUCCUUCCAGCAGCUUCAGAGAAACAUGAUGCCUGGGGAAGUGGUCUUGCCAUGCAUACAAAGCCUUGGGUGCGAGCAAGAGCUCAGCGGGCAUAUUGGGAGAAUCUAAGGCCUGCAACUGGCCUACCAUAUUCAUCUGCCUUUUCAAAACCGGACAGCUGGGGUGUGACCAAAGGAGACGAUGACCUAGUUCAACAUGUAGAACCAACAUCUGACAAGGAAUUGAAGGACAUGAUGGAGAAGCAGAAGAAAUUGUCUGGCAUGGUAGCAUAAUGUUCUGUGCAAACAAAAAUACCAAAUAAGCAAAUAAAAGCUUGACCCAGUAAA